AACCUCUUUUCGUCUUCGACAACACCUUGGUUUCUAAAACCUGUCAAAAUUGUCAGUUUCCAAACCUUUUGCAACCUUCCCGGGUAACCUCAAAAUUAUUCAAUGAAAUAUAGGCUAUGAUGUUAUAAAUUAAUGUGUGAGCCCCCUUUUCUCCAUGUGGGCUGGGGUGGUGUUGGUGCUGCUGGUGCCAGGGUCCUGGGCGCAGUAUCCUGGGGACCAGUACGAGGAGUCGGACACCGACUUCUACGACUCGGAGUAUGACCAAGAGACAACGACCAUGACAGUGCUGGAGGAGACCGAUGACGUGGCCAGCGAAACGGAAUCGUACUCCCGGAACCGGCGCUACGGCGGAUAUGAAACCAUCCGGACCCUCAACCCUGACGAGAUACAUGACGUCAAAGGUUUUCUCCAAGAUAUUCUAUACGGCACCAAGAUAGACACGCUAACAUCACCCGCUCACAAAAUGAGGAACCCUUACACCAACGCUUACGACUACGUGGAAUUCAACGAAUUAAACAAAACUGGUACCAACCAGGAAAGGGUUCCUUCCAGAAAUUUACAUUUUAUGCAGAAUAUAAAAACCAAUCCCACCCAUCCUUGGACUAAAGUUAUUGAUAAAAAGUGGGAUGAUGUGACGAAAGGCGAUGUUGAGCCAGCAUUGACAGCUGUUCGGUGGAGUCCUAAAGUGACCGCUGGUCUAAGAAGCCCUGAACCUACCAUUACCCAGUAUACCUCUGAUGAUACCAUGACCCAGUAUGAUUCUGAUGGUACUGGAAGUCAGUAUACCUCUGAUGGGACCGCAGUCCAUUGGGAGCCUGAUGAUACAGCGACCCACUGGACCCCUAAAGGCACAGCCGCUCAAUGGCGCCCGGACACUUCCCCCCAGUGGACGCCACAACAGACUGCAGCUCACUGGAGCCCUGAAACCACUGGGUACAAGCGGAACCCAAAAACCAUGUCAUCGUAUUUAGGGCCGAUGGUGACGGUAGAAGUUGGAAACUCUGAUUCGGUAUUAUAUGCGAUAAGUUCAACAACAGAUGAGGAAGACCACGAUUCCUCCACCACAACUGACGCCGACAUCCAGGAUGGCUAUGAGCUGGAGCUUACUAAGAGUGAUCAGAAACCACAUCUCAGGGACUCACCCACUCCUAGUGUGACGACAACGCGUCGGGUUACAACAACUAUGACCACGACCCCCAGGCCGACGACCACCAGGUCUCCCAUGAUGGACAUCAACGCCAUCAUAGCCAUUAUAGCGAACCUCACUUAUGACUACGAGUUCAAUCUCACUGAGAGGUUCAAUCUGACGCUCAUGGAGCACGGAGUCCCGACGUGUCCGACCCCCUCGACCGUGUCCACCACGACCACCACUCCGCCGUUUUACGACUUUUCAAACUCAUCAGUGGUGUCCAAGUGUUUCGUGUGCGGUCUCGAUGAGGGUGAGAUCCCCCACAACGCGUUCUGCGCGGAUGCCUUCGCGGGGGACUUUCUCCCGCUGAUGCCUGUCGAUCCUCGCGCUCGGGGACAGAUCGCUACCUACAGGAAGUACUGCCGAUUCUUAGAUGUUCACAACUACGUUGAGAAUCCAUCAGAGUCCCGUGCGAUCUACGGGCGCUUCACGGGCGGCUGCGGCGUGCGUUGGACCGACCUCUCUGGCAUCUACACGCAGAGGACCUGCCGGAACCGGUUCAAACCGCUCAUGGGGAAACACUUUGCCAGCAAGAGAAUGGCGAAACUAGAACUGGCGUUGAUUAACGUCGACAACGGUUGCAUCAUCAGCCCCAUGGCGUCCCUCUUACCACUGUCCAGAGGCAUAUCUCUGUACGCUCGCUUCCAUGCCUGCGUGUGUACAGGUAACUGGUGUAACAAGGCCAUACGCAUCCAGCAAUGGAAGGCGUACGUCACGAUAUUAUGGUAUUGGAUAAUUAACAGAAUUUUAAAUUAAGAGAAGGGGGUAUUUUGUAAGCUUAAAGUGUAUUCGACGAUUUUGUUUUGUUCUUGUAAUGUUCAGUAAAUCAGUGAAGUUUUUUUU